AUGGCGAUGUACGCGCUCUCGCCGGACGUCCUUCAGCACUGUCUACACUCGAAUCCGGAGAAUGUGGUUCGAGCGGUGACGAUCGAGAUCGAAGGUGACAAAUCAUGCGCGGUCACAAUUCGAAUCGAUCAGGCCGUCGUGAUCCCAUCGGAGAAGCUUCAUCCAGCACUCGACUGUGUUGUGGGCUCCGGUGGUGAGCGAUUGAGCAGAAUCUAUCGCAAUCAUUUCCACAAACUGAGCACUUAUUUGGCGGAUCCGCGCAAAUUCUUCAUCGACUAUCACAAAAAGCACGUUCGGGUGUUGAAUCGAGCGAAAGUGCCAAAGUUGAAGUUGCUCGGUGCGCGAUAUGACGAGAUGAUGAGCAUUUCUGACCAAAUCAGAUUCGUUGGAAACGACUUUGAUCACAUGAUUAUUGUAUUGCUCAAAGUUUCUGAAAAUGAGCAAAUUCAAGCUCCAGAAUCGUUCGUGACCUUUUUGGCUUAUAUUUUCCCACUGGAUAGUUCUAAAUUGACGGAUGAGCAAUUUAUCAAACUAAUUCUGCAAUGCUUGUCAAUGAUGCCUGAUUAUGGGGCCAAUUUUUCGAAUGUUUUUAUUGCCUGGCUUUUGAGUAAAUCCGACGACACCAAUAGCAAUUUGAUCAAAUGCCGUCAGGGGAAACUUGAAGAAAUCGACUCGUCGUUCUUCUUUGAGCGCACAUUCCCAUUAUUCAAAAUCGCAAUGGAGCGCUACCUCGAUUCUGGAAUGGCGAAAUAUUCAAGAAAUCCAUAUGUGGAAAUGAAUGUGUGCAAAAUACUCACCGAAUUUCAAACGCAUCCCGAUCUCGGCAAAUUUUUGAACGGCGCGUUUCUGGUGCCGGCGAUUCGCAAAUACGAUGAAUGGCGGAUUGAAAAUGCGAAAAGGGCAAAUUUGUUUCACAAGGCCUUCGGCUCAUUAAUUCAACUCACUCCUGCCGAAUUUAUCUGGGAUUUCAUCAAUUAUUAUUGCGAUACUAAUAUCAAUUGCUCAGAUGUUUGGAAUGACACUGAAAAAGUGCAUGAGAUUUCUACGGUUCUCGGCAUUUGUUUCUCUUAUUUUCACGAUUUUGGCGAUGCCAGCGAUCAGGCAACGCAACUCUGCCAGCGGAUUCUUGAGGGAUUCGCGAAUCCGAAUGUGCUCCGCGCCAACAGCGUGCUCGAUUUGAGCAAUCUGUUCAUUUCGGCGGAAAUUUGCCUAAAAUCCGCGAGAAUUUUUCCGCUCUUCUAUCCAGAGAGAUAUUGCCAUCGGCUGCAGACGUACCGAUAUUUCAAAUGUCACGCUCUCGGCCUAUUCAAUUCGCUGUUGGACGCAAUUCUGACAAUCGCCGAUUUUCAUAUGAGGGAUUCGCGACGAAUUCUGAAGAUUGUCGAUCUCAUCGAGUACGCCGAGCUUUUCGUGAAGCCAAGCUCGAUUCUGAACACGAAGCACGACAAUUUCGAGGCGUCUCACGUCAGCACAUGGGUCAAAAAAUUGGUGAAUGUGUUCAAUUUCCACAAAUUUCUCACCGAAAUGAAAGCCGGCGAAUGUCGGGACAUGGAAAUUUUUAUAAGCCUUCUUGAGUUCAUCUGCAGAAUGUAUAUGAGCAGCGCGACACCUUCGAGAGGCGCAAUGAUCCACGAUCAGAAUCGGUUUCCGCUCUUCUCGAAUCCCAUUCUCAAACGAUGCGAUCUGAGGUUCAUCGACAGUCAAGGGUUGUUCGAGAGUUGCGCGGAAGCGCUCUGGAUCGGACUCGAGUCGAAUUGGUGUCGUCAUUGGCACGUGACGAUCAGAAGGCUUCUCAUUCAAAUCCAUUCAAGGGAUCUCAGCAAACCGAGCAGCGAAGUCGAGAAAAUCAUUGUGCAACGACUCCAAUCAAGCGAUGAGACAAUUCGAGAGAAGACGAUCUACAUUUGCGAGGUCAUGUCAGGAGCGAUUAUGACUUCUGACAAGCCGUUCGAUUCAGUUUCCAUUAACAUUUUCUCCAUCUAA